GGAUACUCGUGAGCAUUCCGGCGUUUUCAAUCGCGCUCGGGGGCGGCUCUGUUAUAGGGCCCUGGGGGCGGCCGUUUGGUGGGUGGGCCGGUGGCAUCAUAAGUAAAUUGAGCUUGACGCCAGACAGUGGCGACAACAUUGUAUUGGGCUCAUUGUCGUUGUGUUGUUUGGUGGCCUGGCUUCAUCAGCCAGCUGACCGAGCAUGUCGCCGGUGAGCCUCAGCCGCCGCCGGCUGGCGCUGGUCGCCGCUGGUCUGCUGGUCUGCCUCAUCAUCGUGCUGCUGAGCUCUCGGGAUGAGAGCACCGUCCGAGCGUCUGCGCUGCUCGACCAGCUCGAGUCGGCGCAGUGGCGGGACGCCGGCGCGCCGGCCACCGUCGACGACGAGGACCAGGAGGGGGAGCAGGCAGCGGCCGCGGCGGCAGCGGCCUGGUCUCCGGCGGCGGCCGCUCCGUGCCGUCGCAGAAUUGAAGUGGGUGUCAUUUUCACGAAGGCUGACCAGCAUCCCAAGAUGAAGACCAACCUGGUGCGCAUGUUGCAGACAAUAGCAGCGCACACACCAGAUUGUGUCAACUUUAACAUGUUCACCGACGAAAACAGCAAGGCAAUCAUCGGAACGGCGCUUUUGAAGGCGCGCCUGUCCGGGCGGUUUACGGUGACCAACCAUGCCAUCGCGCCAAUGGCCGACCAGAUGAAAUCACUGAUCGAGGUCAUGCAGGAACACUUCGCUCCGCGCAAGGGCACCUACUACAACGACGUGCUGUUCUUCCUCACCACGACCAUGCAUCGCUCGCUGCCGCGGCUGAAGCGCGUCAUCAUGAUGGACGUGGACAUCAGCGUGCGCGCCGACCUCGCCCUGCUCGACGACCACUUCGAGCGGUUCUCGCCGGAGAACGUGAUGGGCCUGAGCCUGGAGCUGUCGCCUGUGUACCGGCACGUGCUGGAGGCCCAUCGGCGCGAGACUGGUAACCUGACGGCGGGCGGAGCGCCGCCGGCCGGCUUCCCUGGCCUCAACAGCGGCGUCGUGCUGCUGGACCUGGCGCGCAUGCGCGCCUCGCGCCGCUACAACCAGCUGAUGACCGAGCACGAGAUCCGGCGGCGCACGGCCCGCUACCGCUUCAAGGGUCACCUGGGCGAUCAGGACCUGUACACGCUGCUGGCACUGGACGAGCCGGAGCUGUUCUACGUGCUGCCGUGCGGCUGGAACCGGCAGCUCUGCACGUUCUGGCGCUCCGUAUACGCCGACGUGUUCGACCAGUACUUCCGCUGCCCCGGCUCCAUCAGCAUCUACCACGGCAACUGCAAGGCGACCAUCCCCACGGAAGGCGAGCGGCGGGCUUGAGCGAAGGCGACAAUUCACACGAUUUGGCCCCGUUGGGUGCUCCUUUGUUGGCAAGCGUGGGGUCGCGCCCCUGUUACAUGGGUAUGAGAAUCUAGACUCGCGUGGCCACCUCCCACCACCUCCCUCAACCGUUAGUUCCUCAGUUCGUUGGCUUGUCUGCAGCCGCGCUGUGUGUAUCCCGAGAAACCCGCCGGAAGCCUCUUGUGUUAGCUAAAGCCAUGGCUGAAAGUGCCGUUAUUUGUCGCUCCUAACAGCUCCAUGUUAGUGAAUAGGUUUC